AUGCUGGAGACUGGAAGCUGUUUGGCGAGCAAUGACGGGCAGUCAGCAACAAUGAACCCGUUUACUUGGGCGCAAGCCGCACACAUGAUAUAUCUGGACGAGUCUGUCGACGUUGGCUUUUCCUAUGCAGACGACGGGUAUAGUCCUGGUAAUCACACAGACGAUCUUGGCGGUACCGCGCGAGACAUUAUAUCAGCCCUCCAAUUGUUAUACUUGGCCUUUCCACACAUUUUAGGACGCAAACUCCACCUUGCAGGCCAGUCUUUUGCGGGACGCUCUUUACCUGCCAUCGCCGAAUCGAUUAUAGAGCACAACACCAAAUCCGACGCUGCAGCUUUGAUUCCUCUUGAGUCUAUCAUCGUUGGGAACGGCGUCAUCCACAGUCCAUCGCAGCUUCCUGCAAUCCGCGAUACGGUCUGUGCGGCUUCCAAUGGGCUCCCGGCACUGUUCAGUCGGGCAGACUGCGAUUCGCGGCUCGCUUCACUGUCUUCUGACUGUGCAGCAUCGCAGCAAGCUUGCCUCGAUGGUCGCGAUCCUGAAGGACCUAUGUGCUCUACAGCUGCUCUGACGUGUGAGAAUGGAAUCUUGAGCGCCGCGUUGUACGGUCGGCAUGACUCGACAAAUCGGUCCCCGCGCUGUUUUCAUGACGAUGAGUAUACUCGAGCGGAUGAUUGUGGUAUAAGCCGGGUUCUUGCACUGCACAGUUUCAUUUCUGCAUAUGGAGGCGACGAGCUACUCAUCGGUCGACAGGCAGCACGCCAGCAUGUCUACAAGGGUGUAGUAACACCUCCCAGUGUUCCAUUACUCAGGGAGACGGGUUCGGGUAUAAAAGACAUUCAACGGCUUUUGCAUCAAAACGUAAGCACCCUUCUGUACUACGGCGCAUACGACAUCUUAGCCGCACCCGCGUUUGCAGAGAGGGCCCUGGACGUUUCUCUGGACGGACAUGUAGGAGAAGAAUGGCGUGCAAGCAUACCAAGGGACGCCGCAGAGCUUGGCUUGGGCUUCAAAGGCUCCGUGAAGAGCGCAUCAUCCUCAAGCGGCAAAGGUAUUAUAUGGUUUGUACAAGUAGAUAACGUGGGGAGAUUAGUACCAUCGCAGUCCCCGAACGGGGCCUUGAGACUUGCGCAGACUUGGCUGCACCAAUUUGGAGCUGCCGUUGAAUCGGAGUCACACAAGAUCAUCGAGAAUGAGUUAUAG